UUUUCUCAUUUCAGAAUGUUAAUGUUUGAGUGUAUGCGUGAAGUUUGUGGAGCAGGAGACAAGUGUGGCAACCAGAGGUUCCAGAAGCGACUUUACCCUAACUGUGCUGUUUUAAAACUGAGAGCCGAGGCUGGCGGCCUAAAAGCGCUUGAAGAUAUCAAAAAGGGUCAGUUUGUGAUAGAAUAUGUGGGUGAGCUUAUCGAUGAUGAGGAAUUCAGGCGACGCAUUGAGGAGAUGCACAAAGUCAAGGAGGAGAAUUAUUACUUCCUCACCAUUGACAAAGACAUCAUGAUAGAUGCUGGCCCAAAGGGAAAUUUGGCAAGAUUUAUGAAUCACUCAUGUCAACCAAAUUGUGAAACCCAGAAAUGGACUGUGGGAGGGGACACCAGGGUAGGACUUUUUUCCAUCUGUGAUAUUCCUGCUGGCUCAGAACUCACUUUCAACUACAACUUACAAUGUGUUGGCACAGAGAAGAAGCGUUGCAGUUGUGGAGCACCAAACUGCAGUGGCUUCAUUGGUGUAAAGGUACAAAGGUUACAGACCGAAUCACAAGGCCCAAAAAGAGAAAAACUUACCAAGCGUAAACGAAAACGUCGUAGACGUGAAGCGAAGAUGUCAGAAGACGAGUGUUUCAGAUGUGGCAGUCAUGGAGACUUGAUAUUGUGUGAUGUAGCUGCUUGUCCAAAGGGUUACCAUCUUCAGUGCUUAGGUUUAGAAAAAUUACCAAAAGGGAAAUGGAUAUGCCCAUGGCACCACUGUGAUGAAUGUGGACAGCGAAGCACACGCCUAAAUCGGUGUGAUUUUUGCCCAAACUCCUUUUGCCGUCAGCACCUGCCAGGUAAUCUGCAGACUGUGUCGGGUAUCGGCAAUGUUUGUCAAGAGCAUGAUCCUGAGGAACUGGAGGCGGUGAGUUGCAGGGAAUGAAAAAUCUAUAUUGGA